AUUACUUAAGUUCUUGAUAUAAAUCACAGGGAGCGUUGAGAUCAAUCAUUCAUGUAGUAAAAUAAUAACACACAAAUACAAAAAAUACAAACAAUAAUAGAGAAAGAGGUUAGAACAUUUCUCUUCAAUAUAAGAGAUAAUAAACAAGUAAUAAAUACGAAUUGUUAUAAAAGAAAAAAUAAAUUGAAGUGAUAUCACAAAAAUGUCUGACAAUUCUGAUAAUCAUUUAUCAACUGCAGAGGAUUUAAAUGAUAUGUCUGACGCUACAUCUCAAGUAGUUAGCAAAAAUAAUCCAUCAACUGCAGAGGAUCAACAAAAUGCUGUUUCUGACGUUAUACCUAGAGUAGCUAGCAAAAGGAGUGUGGAAAAAGCCUUGGAAUUUAUUCGUCGACGCCGUAACCAAAAACUAUUAAAACGGAAAGGAACUCUUGAGACUGAUCUAGAGUAUAAGAUAGUUGCUAACUGCAUAACAAGUUUAACUGCUCCUCUUACAAGAGUUAAUGUAGGGUCGGCAUUUGUUAGAACUUUUAUACCAAUAGAAAUUAGAAAUGCUUUACUAAAUGAAGAGUGGCCAUCAGUUCUAAAAUUAUUCCUCAUGUUAUUAAAAUCUGAGAAAGGUGAGCCAUUAGUAUGGAGGUAUGCAUUUUUAAUUUAUCUUCGAUGCCCUGCUAGCGAUCAAUAUACAUUUGAAGACUUCAUUACGAUGUGUCGCGGUACUGAUCCAUCUAAUUAUAGUACACUUUUAGAAAAAUUAUUAUCAUUGUCAAAAACAACCGAAGAAAAUACAUAAUUUCUCCAAUAUAAUUUUAUUGUUUCUAAGUAUUAAUUUAAUUAAUAAAUAAUUUUUAAACCUUUUAUAAAGUUUCUUGAUAGAAUUAAUGUCUGAGUACCUGAAUUUAUAAGUUUAUAUUUUAAAUGAUUUCAAAACUAAAAUUAAAUUUUACUGACUUACGAAUGGACUGAGUUCUAAAACUUGAUGUAAAUAAAUUGUUUGUUACGCGAUUAGUAUACAUUAUUUUGGUUAAAUAAGAAAAUUCUAUGUGAUUAAAA